AUGUCCCAAAGUCGAAUAGGAGUUGCUCCCAAAUUAAGUCUUGGAAAGAAUGAUAAACCCAGACCUACCUCAUUGGAGUUAAGUGAUGAUAAAAAUUCAGACCUUGCUUUACGAAUCGUGAGUCCAGGAUUGCCCGCAUUGAAUGAAGAGAUGAAGUCUACGAUUAAGCUUUCCCAAAAAAUUGAACAGCAACAAAAAAAUCUCAUUGCAGCAAGACACUCCAAUAGUGGUAGUGCAAGCAUUGAGAGCGGUAACAAUAUGGCGGUAAACGAUAGUGAAACGGUUGUGGUGAGUGAAUCAAGCAGCACAUUGCCAGAUGAAAUGGACAAGUUGUCGACACCAACCAGUAUUAAGAGAUUGAAGAGAGGGAAUAUUCCUACUCCGUUGAAGAUGAACAUUGGGCCGUCAGCCAACCCUACGAUCCAGUCGGCACCCAUAAGGCAAAAUAGGGUUCCUAUGGCAUCCAGAGGGUAUCCCAAGAGAUAUGUGCCCUAUCAGAUCCAGGUGCAGCAUCAGAAUGCCCAUCCGUAUGCCCAGGCGCCAAAUAGAAGAUACCGGUACAUGCUUCCACAACCGGUCGCGUACACUGGAUAUCCUGGGAGAAUGCAGGGCAUGCAGAGGGUCAGAAUGACUCCCUAUACUAGCACGGCCCGUUAUUUUCCCCUCCACCACCCGAGAGGUGUUGCUAGCUUUGGAAUGGCCCAUCCCACGGCCGUGUACCACAAACAACCCAAGAAUGCCAAUACAGUGACCGAUGUCUACCACGGGGACUACACGAAAGCGGCCCCAUUGCACUCACAGCCAUUAUCAUCCCAACGCGAAGUAUUUGAUACGUCUGAUAGGGAUGGUGACGACGAAGUGGACGACGAUAGAAUGCCAGUGUCAGAAGACGAAAUUAAAGAAAUGCAAGAGAAGUACAACAACGAUGUCGAAAGUACGGCUAUCGAUAUCGACGAUGAACAGAACUCUGCAUUCGCAAAGGACGAAGCCAAGGAACAAGUUUUCGGCUCCAUUAAUAUCAUGAACGAGAGCGUAUUCAAUUUCAAGAUCUUUAACCAGAACCUUUCAUCCCCUGAUGCGGCCUCUGACUACAAGGACGAUUUAUCCAGGGAUAAGGAAAAGUUCUUGAAGAUAUGCGAGACAAGCUGGGACGAGUUUGUCAGCAGUAGAAUGUAA